CCGUGAUCCGCGCAAAUAAGAAUAACUUUGUGGUGUGGUGUCAGCGAUCGAUGAUGCCGAUGGUUGCCGGGAAAGUGGUAUGCGUUACCGGCAGCGGGGGGUUCAUCGCCUCCUGGCUCGUAAAACUCCUACUCCAAAAGGGGUACAGUGUGAGAGGAACGGUUAGAAAUCCAGAGGAUGAGAAGAAUUCCCAUCUGAAGGAGUUGGAGGGUGCAAAGGAGAGACUGAGUCUGAUGAGAGCAGACCUUCUUGAUUAUCAGAGCUUACGUGCAGCCAUCCACGGCUGUGAUGGCGUUUUCCACACUGCUUCACCCGUCACUGAUGAUCCCGAGGAAAUGGUGGAGCCAGCGGUGAUAGGGACGAGGAACGUGAUAACAGCAGCGGCGGAAGGUGGAGUGGGGCGGGUGGUGUUCACAUCCUCAAUCGGUGCGGUGUACAUGGACCCGAAUAGAGAUCCGGACACGAUUGUGGAUGAGAGCUGUUGGAGUGAUCUGGAGUUUUGCAAGAACACCAAGAAUUGGUACUGCUACGGGAAGACGGUAGCGGAGAAGACGGCGUGGGAGGAGGCGCGGAGAAAAGGAGUGGACAUAGUGGUGAUCAACCCGGUGCUGGUGUUAGGGCCCUUGCUGCAGCCCACUGUGAAUGCCAGUGUGCAACACAUCCUCAAGUACUUGACAGGCUCCGCUAAAACUUACGCCAACUCCGUCCAAGCUUACGUGCACGUCCAGGAUGUUGCCCUCGCCCACAUUCUCCUCUACGAAACCCCCGCCGCCUCUGGCGGCCGCUACCUUUGUGCCGAAAGCGUUCUCCACCGUGCCCAACUUGUCGACAUUCUAGCCAAGUUCUUCCCGGAAUAUCCUCUUCCCACCAGGUGUUCUGAUGAAACAAAAGCGAGAGCAAAACCGUACAAAUUCUCUAACCAGAAGCUGAAGGAGUUGGGGUUAGAGUUCACGCCAGUAAAACAAACCCUAUAUGAGACUGUGAAGAGCCUCCAAGAGAAAGGUCAUCUUCCCAUACCAGCCACCGCAAAAUGAUCCCAAUUGCUUGGUUCAAGAUCAAAAUCAGCUCUUCAAUAAGGAUGAUUUCGAUGCUAGCUAUAAUUCAUGUACGACUAUAUUGUAUUGUCUUCAAAUGUUCUAGUGUCCCACUCAAAAAGGAUAAAUGACUACAAUUUCUUGUCUUUUCAAUACAUCUCAAAAUUAAGAUAUUUAUAAGAAUUUACAAUAACUCAAAAAAACAUUGUGACGCAAUUCUGAAUCGCUCUUGGGCACAUAUAUUUACAAUGCUAUCGGCUAUUUUUGUAA